AUGGAUUUACUGGCGCCAGACAACCCGCCGAGUACUCCUCUCGAGACUCAGUUCACUAGCAUGGAGACGUUCUCGCUUGAGGAGUUGGGGCUAUCUCUGAUCCGGGAUUCUCCCACCGACGCACCAACAGCGACAGGGAGGAGGGGGAGGAGGUCAGGGAGAGGGAGAGGCAGGGGACGGGGCAUUACCUCGCCCGUCCCGAUGUACGGUGGUGAGGCGGGGGCCGCUGAGGUGGGGGAGUGGUCCAUCGGGAAGAAGAGGAUCGUCUGGAGCAAGGAGGAGUGCAUCGCGCUGGCGAAAGCGUGGAUCAGUGUGGUGGAGGAUCCGUACGUCGGGGCUAACCAGCACAUCGACAGGAUGUGGUGGCGCAUUAACCAAAGCUUCCUACAGUUCAAACCGCCAGGGGGGAAGCCUCACAAUGGAGAGCAAUGUCGGAAACAGUGGGAGCGGCUGAGGAGGCAGCUCAGCCGAUUUGCUGACAUUUACACAAACAGCCUCCGCUCGACAACCAGCGUCAUGUCUACCGAGGAUGUGAAGCUCCUGUCUCACCAUCAGUUCAUCGACACUGCACAGGGGUUCGAGGAAUUCAAAUAUUGGGAGGUCUAUAUUAUGGUGCAGACUUCGGCCAAGUUCACUGCGGGUGUUGAAUCUGGAUGGCCGAAGCAGACGAAGAUCAGCGCCUCCGAGGAGUACAGUAGCAGUGUUGGUUUCCAUGAACUCCCCCCCGCCGAGGCAGAGUUCCCGACGCCCACAUCGUUGGGCCGCCGCCGUGGCCUGGUAUGCUGCGUUAAGAAGACAGCUUCUUGUUGA